GCCGCACAGCACAGUGAAAGCCGCCGACCCCUCGUCAUAUCUAAGUGUUGAGUCUGGCUUACCUGUUGGCCUGGUAGCUGGCCGGCUUUUAAAGUUCGUCAAGUGUCCACUUUUCGUUCUGACACAAUUCUGAAUUCCCAUAUAUUCCCCUCCACUCCAACACCCUCCUCACCUUUACACUUCACCUACCCUCUCCACUCCACCACAUCCCUACACCUACACUGCUCUUUUCAUACUUUGCCAAAGCGGCUGUCCACUAUGGCCACGCUCGCAUUCGACAAUAAAUCUACGUCGUCCUCAGCCAUCGACGAUAAUGAGUUCGACGACGAGCACGAUGAGCAUCAUCCCCACCGUAACUCAGUUCACCACCGGCUGCGGGCAAGCAGCUCUAUUAUGCAAUUGAAGAAGAUCCUGGUCGCCAACCGUGGAGAAAUCCCCAUCCGCAUCUUCCGCACAGCCCACGAACUUUCCCUUCAUACCGUCGCUGUCUACAGUCAUGAAGACCGUCUCAGCAUGCACAGGCAGAAGGCGGACGAGGCCUACGAGAUUGGACACCGCGGCCAGUAUUCUCCCGUCGGAGCCUACCUGGCGGGUGAUGAAAUCAUCAAGAUUGCACUCCAGCACAAUGUCAACAUGAUCCAUCCUGGCUACGGAUUCUUGUCCGAAAAUGCAGAGUUCGCACGAAAUGUCGAGAAGGCCGGGCUUAUCUUUGUAGGACCCACUCCGGAGACCAUUGAUGCCCUUGGCGACAAGGUGUCUGCACGAAAGCUCGCCAUCAAGUGUAAUGUCCCCGUCGUCCCAGGUACGGAGGGACCAGUCGAGAAGUACGAGGAGGUCAAAGACUUCACCGACAAGUAUGGCUUUCCCAUCAUCAUCAAGGCCGCCUUUGGAGGUGGUGGCAGAGGCAUGAGAGUAGUCCGGGAGCAGUCUACGCUCAAGGACUCGUUCGAGCGAGCAACGUCGGAAGCCAAGUCAGCUUUCGGCAACGGCACGGUCUUCGUUGAACGAUUCUUAGACAGACCAAAGCACAUUGAGGUGCAACUAUUGGGUGACAACCUCGGCAAUGUGGUCCAUCUGUAUGAGCGUGACUGCUCGGUGCAGCGCCGACACCAGAAGGUCAUCGAGCUUGCUCCGGCUAAAGACCUCCCACAAGAUGUUCGCGAGUCUAUCUUGAACGACGCCGUCCGACUCGCUAGGUCGGUUAGCUAUCGGAAUGCCGGAACUGCCGAGUUCUUGGUUGACCAGCAGAACCGAUAUUACUUUAUCGAGAUUAACCCGCGAAUUCAGGUUGAACAUACUAUUACUGAGGAAAUCACCGGUAUCGACAUCGUUGCCGCACAGAUUCAAAUUGCUGCAGGUGCUUCGCUUGAGCAGCUCGGCCUUACACAAGAUCACAUCUCUACGCGAGGGUUUGCGAUCCAAUGUCGUAUUACCACCGAGGACCCGGCCACCAACUUCUCGCCAGAUACCGGGAAGAUCGAGGUGUACCGUUCUUCAGGUGGCAACGGAGUGCGACUUGACGGUGGAAACGGUUUCGCGGGCGCAAUCAUUACUCCUCAUUAUGACUCCAUGUUGGUCAAGUGUACCUGUCAUGGAUCUACGUACGAAAUUGUACGCCGAAAGAUGCUUCGAUCAUUGGUUGAGUUCCGUAUUCGAGGCGUGAAGACCAACAUUCCUUUCUUGAUCAAAGUUCUCACGCAUCCCACUUUCAUCGAGGGGAACUGCUGGACUACUUUCAUCGACGACAGUCCCGAGCUCUUUGCCCUCAUCGGCUCGCAGAACCGUGCCCAGAAGCUGCUUGCAUAUCUCGGAGACCUCGCGGUCAACGGUAGCCAGAUCAAGGGACAAAUCGGCGAGCCAAAGUUCAAAGGCCAGGUCGUCAUUCCUACCCUCCACGACUCUAGCGGCAAGAAAGUCGACUGCUCCGAGCCUUGUCAGAAGGGUUGGCGAAAUGUCAUUCUCAAGGAUGGUCCAGAGGGCUUUGCAAAGGCUGUCCGCGCCAACAAGGGCUGCCUCAUCAUGGACACCACCUGGCGUGACGCCCAUCAGUCUCUCCUCGCUACCCGUGUGAGGACCGUUGAUAUGCUUACAAUUGCGAAGGAGACUAGCCAUGCUUUCUCCAACGCCUGGGCCCUUGAGUGCUGGGGUGGAGCGACCUUCGAUGUCGCCAUGCGCUUCCUAUAUGAAGACCCAUGGGACAGGCUGAGGAAGAUGCGGAAGCUUGUCCCCAACAUUCCCUUCCAGAUGCUCCUACGUGGAGCCAACGGCGUUGCAUACUCAUCUCUUCCGGACAAUGCCAUCUCCCAUUUCUGUGAGCAAGCCAAGAAGAAUGGCGUGGAUAUUUUCCGAGUCUUCGAUGCUCUUAACGACGUUGAGCAACUUGAAGUCGGUAUCAAGGCUGUCCUCAAGGCUGGUGGUGUUGCUGAGGGUACCGUCUGUUAUAGCGGUGACAUGUUGAACCCGCACAAGAAGUACAACCUCGAAUACUACCUCGGAGUCGUCGACAAGAUCGUCAAGAUGGGCGCACAUGUCCUUGGUAUCAAGGAUAUGGCGGGUGUUCUGAAGCCUCGUGCCGCCACUUUGCUGGUGGGAGCCAUCCGUGAGAAGUAUCCUGACCUCCCCAUUCAUGUUCACACCCAUGAUUCUGCCGGAACUGGUGUUGCCUCCAUGGUAGCCUGUGCUCAGGCUGGCGCAGAUGCUGUCGAUGCGGCUAUUGACAGCAUGUCUGGCAUGACAUCUCAGCCCAGUAUUGGCGCUAUUCUUGCUUCUCUUGAGGGCACCCCAAAUGACGCAGGACUUGAUGCUCAUAUCAUCCGUCACCUCGAUGCAUACUGGGCGCAACUUCGGUUGCUCUAUUCUCCCUUCGAAGCAGGCCUUACCGGUCCUGAUCCGGAGGUUUACGAGCACGAGAUUCCUGGAGGCCAACUUACCAACCUCAUUUUCCAGGCUUCGCAGCAGGGUCUUGGAGAGAAAUGGGCUCACACGAAAAAGGCGUACGAACACGCCAACGACCUUCUCGGUGACAUUGUCAAGGUUACACCCACCUCCAAGGUCGUCGGUGAUCUUGCUCAGUUCAUGGUCUCUAAUGAUCUCUCCCACGAUGAUGUUCUUCAGAAGGCUGAGCAACUCGACUUCCCAUCAUCGGUACUCGAGUUCUUCGAAGGUCUCAUGGGCCAACCCUACGGAGGCUUCCCCGAACCCCUCCGCACCCAAGCCCUCCGUGGCCGAAGAAAGAUGGACAAGCGACCUGGUCUGUAUCUCGAUCCUAUUGACAUCGCCAAGGUCAAAGCCGAUCUCAAGCAGAAGUGGGGCGAUGCCACCGAGUGUGACGUUGCCUCCUCCAUCAUGUACCCCAAGGUCUUUGAGGACUACAAGAAAUGGACCACGAAGUACGGUGACCUCUCCGUCCUACCAACCCGCUACUUCCUUGCUCGUCCAGAGAUUGGAGAGGAGUUCCACGUCGAACUUGAGAAAGGUAAAGUGCUUAUCCUCAAGCUUCUUGCUGUGGGACCACUGUCCGAGCAGACCGGUCUGAGGGAAGUCUUUUAUGAGAUGAACGGCGAGGGCCGAACAGUCACUGUCGAGGACCAACAUGCCGCUGUCGAGAAUGUACGGAGGCCCAAGGCUGAUCCUACCGAUGGCAGUCAAGUCGGUUCGCCGAUGGCUGGAGUUGUUGUUGAGGUCCGUGUGCAUGAUGGCGGCGAGGUCCUCAAGGGCGACCCCAUUGCUGUCUUGAGUGCCAUGAAGAUGGAAAUGGUCAUCUCCGCGCCCCACAGUGGCAAAAUCGGUAGUCUGUCCGUCCGUGAAGGCGACUCACUCGAUUCUCAAGAUCUUGUCUGCAAGAUCAUUAAGUAAUUUCUUUCCGGCCCAUGUCUUUCUGCUUUGUGUUUUCAGUACGUUGCUGAGUCGAUGGUGUCUAGUGUCGAGAAGAAGCCAGCUAAGAAGGUUACCUGGCGCUCUCCUUUGACCAUACUCUAAAUAGGGUUUUAUUUCCUGAUGGUUAGGGGCAAUGGGAUAGGAUGGUUUAUGUAGUUUAUGGUGAAAUGGAUGAUGACUUCUACCUC